CCCAGGAUGGAAACUUGUCACUCUUCAGAGCAAUUCAAUGUCACUUCAUAUGAUGCCACAGUUGUGGUCAUCAUGACCGUCGAGACGUUUACUGGCAUGUGGAUAAAUGCUUUCAUUGUUUCUGUGAUUUGCAUGACCUGGGUGAGAAAGAAAACCUUGAAGUCUUAUGAUAAGAUCUUGCUGGCUGUGGGAUUCUCCAGGUUUUGGUAUUUGUGCAUCUCAUGGGUAUACUCCUUUCUUUCAAUCAUUUAUCCCAACUACCUUCAUGUUCACCCCAUAUAUCCACUACUUAGUAGUACUCAGAGCUUUGUCACUUGUUCCAACUUUUGGGUUUCAGCCUGUCUUUGUGUCUUUUACUGUAUAAAAAUUGCCACUUUCAGGAACAGCUUCUUCAUCUACCUGAAAGUAAAAGUUGACAGGAUUGUGCCCUGGCUCUUGUUGGGGUCUGUGCUUUUCUCCCUGGUAAAUGGAAUCCUUGUCUAUGAUUUCACUAAUAAACCGCAUUGUAACAAUUCCACCAGGCAAGGACAGUUUUGGAAACUGCAAAUCAAGACAGAUGAACAUUUGUUCACUUUUUAUUUUAUCACUGGCUUUGGAUAUGCCACUUCAUUCACAGCAGUCAUCUCUUCUGCCCUUCUGCUUCUCUUUUCCCUCUGGAGACACAAAUGCAACAUGCAAACAAACUCCAUGAAGGACCUCAGCAUGGAUGCCCACAUCAAAGCCAUGAAAUCUGUUCUCUCCUUUUCCAUAAUGUACAGCAUCAACUUUAUAUGUUUGGUUGUAGGAAUGAUUUAUUCUACAAAGGAGGAAACUCACCUGAUGUCUAUGAUUUAUGUAUUUAUGUAUGUUUUUCCAGGUGUUCAUUCCCUCAUUCUGAUUUUCAGCAACCCCAGUCUGGAAAAGACACUGUUAAGGAUUCUGCCCUGUGUGAAGUGCAUGGUUUGCAUGAAGUAG